AUGGCCCGAACUCAAAAGAACAAGGCGACAUCCUACCAUAUCGGACAGCUGAAGGCAAAGCUCGCCAAGCUCAAGCGUGAGCUGCUCACGCCCUCGGGCGGCGGCGGUGGCGGCGGUGGUGCUGGUUUCGACGUCGCCAGAACCGGUGUGGCCUCGAUUGGUUUCAUCGGUUUCCCCUCGGUCGGAAAGAGUACGCUGAUGAGCAGACUGACGGGCCAGCACUCUGAGGCGGCCGCGUACGAGUUCACCACACUUACGAGUGUGCCGGGUCAGGUUACCUACAACGGUGCCCCACUACAAAUCAUCGAUUUGCCUGGUAUUAUUGAGGGCGCCAAGGACGGCCGUGGUCGUGGUCGUCAGGUUAUCGCCGUCGCCAAGACGUGCCAUCUUAUCUUCAUCGUGCUGGACGUUAACAAGCCGCUGACGGACAAGCGCGUCAUCGAGGCCGAGCUGGAGGGCUUCGGCAUCCGCAUCAACAAGGAGCCGCCCAACAUCACGUUCAAGAAGAAGGACAAGGGUGGCCUGAACAUCACCAGCACGGUGCCGCUUACACACAUCGACAACGACGAGAUCCGCGCCGUCAUGAGCGAGUACAAGAUCUCGUCGGCCGACAUCGCCAUCCGCUGCGACGCCACUAUUGAUGAUUUGAUCGACGUGCUCGAGGCCAAGUCGCGCUCCUACAUCCCUGUUAUUUACGUCCUCAACAAGAUCGACGCCAUCAGUAUCGAGGAGCUCGACUUGCUGUACCGUAUUCCCAACUCGGUCCCCAUCAGUUCUGAGCACGGCUGGAACAUUGACGAGUUGAUGGAGGCCAUGUGGGAGAAGCUUAAGCUCGUGCGCGUGUAUACCAAGCCGAAGGGCAAGAUGCCGGAUUAUUCGGCUCCCGUUGUGUUGAGGAGCAAUAGGUGCACGGUUGAGGAUUUCUGUAACACUAUUCACAAAACCAUCGUGGAUCAGUUCAAGGUUGCUAUUGUUUACGGCAAGUCCGUCAAGCAUCAGCCUCAGCGUGUUGGUCUCAGCCACGAAUUGGCUGAUGAAGAUAUCGUCACCAUCGUCAAGCGAUAA